AUGGAGAAGAUUACGGAUAAGAUCAAUGCGCUGCCUGAUGGCGCCAACUACUUCUCGCUGGAGUUCUUCCCGCCGAAGACGGCAAUGGGAUUUGCGAACCUCCAAACCCGAUUAGAGCGCAUGUCACAAGCUCUUCGUCCGCUCUUCGUCACCGUCACCUGGGGUGCCGGCGGAUCAACAGCCACCAAAUCGCUCGAACUCGCGGAGAUAUGCCAGCGCCAAUUAGGCCUCACGACAUGUUUACAUCUUACAUGCACAAACAUGAACCGUCAGCUCAUCGACGACGCGCUUGAACAGGCCAAGGUGUUGGGCAUACGGAAUAUCCUGGCGCUGAGGGGUGAUGCGCCACGGAGCGAUGAGUAUAGAGAUGAAGGGACACCACCGGAGCAAGACUCGAACAAGGACUUUACGUGGGCAAUUGACUUGGUCAAAUAUAUCCGGAAAGAGUAUGGAGACUACUUUUGCAUUGGCGUCGCUGCGUAUCCGGAGGGUCAUUCGGAUCAGAGCCACCCACAACAUCAAGAUCCGCAGUUCGAUCUGCCAUCCCUGAUCGAGAAGACUAAGGCUGGCGCAGACUUCAUUAUGACCCAGCUGUUCUACGAUGUCGAAGCCUAUGAUAAAUUCGAGAAGAUGUUGAGGGAGCAUGAGAGCGGAGUGUUCAAGACAAUACCGAUUAUACCAGGGUUGAUGCCGAUCCAAUCGUACAAGAUCCUGCUUCGGACAACGAAGCUAUCUCAUGCGAAGCUACCGUCCGAUAUGUUGGCGCGACUGGAUGCGGUGAAGAGCGACGACGAACUGGUGAAGCAAGUGGGUGUUAAGAUCAUGGACGAGAUGCUGGAACAUAUCAAGUCGCGACCGGAUACAUGCAGGAGAGGGUUCCACUUCUACACGUUGAACUUGGAAAAGGCAGUAUCGCAUAUUGUGGAAGACACGCACCUCAUUCCAUCAACUUUGAACGACGACGACGAUGACGAUGAAGUUAUUGUAGAGACGACGCCCGCAAUCAACCUUGAGCCACCACCCAACGGCUUUGUGCCUCAAAGACGGCGAUCAUCAGCUGUCAACUCUGGCCCGCGAAAUAGGGUGAUAGUAUCACAUUCUUCCGCUGCUAAGUCAAGCAAUCAUUCGUACGAAGCCACGGAUGAAGAGGCUGGUGUACCACGAGGCCCAAUCAACACCCGCGCGAAUACACUGGCAAUUUCCGAAGGCGAGGGCUCGUUGGGUCGUGAAGCAACCUGGGACGACUUUCCUAACGGUCGCUGGGGUGAUGCGCGUUCGCCCGCGUUCGGUGAAAUCGACGGUUACGGUCCAACUCUGCACGUCUCAACGCCGCAAGCCCUCAAGCUAUGGGGUCACCCAGUUGAGAAGGAUGACGUCUCCAAGCUUUUCCGCCGCCACAUCGAAGGGGACCUUGAGGCCAUACCCUGGAGUGAGCAAAGUCUCUCUCCCGAAACCCUGACUAUCAGCAAGCAGCUGCUUGCCCUCAAUGCAAAGGGUUGGUGGACAGUUGCCUCGCAACCCGCCGUUAAUGGUGUGAAAUCAACAGACCCCGUCUUCGGCUGGGGUCCCAAGAAUGGCUAUGUCUUCCAAAAGCCAUUCGUCGAGUUCUUCAUCCCUGCUUCCGAAUUCGCCGCUCUCAAGCCCAAGCUCGAUGCCCACGAACAGGUCACCUACUUCGCUGGUAACGCCGCCGGUGAAUUUGAAGCCAGCCAAGAGGAUGGUGUGAACCCUGUUACUUGGGGCACAUUUGCAGGCAAGGAGAUUGUUACGCCUACCAUCAUCGAAGCCGUCAGUUUCAGGAGUUGGCUUGACGAGGCAUUUAGUAUCUUCAGAGAGUGGCAGAGGAUUUACCCACCGAGGAGCGCGAGUAGUACACUACUUGGAGCUUUGCGACAGGACUAUUGGCUUGUCAACGUCAUUUGGGGUGAUUUCGUUAACGGCGAGGGGUUGUGGGAGUUUUUGGAACAGUAG